AUGCAUCACUUUACGGGAAGCCCGGCCAGCGCCGCUCGCUCUAACCCAAAACCACUGAGGAAACCACGGUGUUUGGGCCCGGCGCCGGAGGAGGUCCAGCUCAACAGAACCCGGCUGUGGUUCUGGAAGGAGGAAACGAUGCGCUUCUAUUUUCAUCACGGCAGGAAGCGGAUCGGCCUCUGCAGAACCUGCAGUCUGACCCAGAACCACGGUCCUGUUCUGAGGGUUCGGCAGAGAGGACCGUUUGAGGACAGAACCGGAAACAGCUGCCGCGCGGGUUGGAGCCGCUGCUGCUCGGUUCUAUCCCGGGAAUCCAUAGCUGUGGUUCCGGACGCUCCGAACCGGUCCAAUCUGCAGACAUCUUCCUCCCAGCCGGACUCGGGCUGCGCGCGCGCCCCCUGCGGCAGGGCGCUCAGCGCGCGCUGUCAGUCUGAGGACCGCCGGAGCGGAACCACGCGGGAGAAACUCCUCUCUGCUCAGAGCAAGUUUGAGGAGAAGUUCGGAACCAGUGCGGGUUUCUGGAUCAGAUUCGGAUUGAAGCUGCAGUUCGGAACCAGGAAGGUCUGCGCGGCAGGUGGACCUCCAGCUCCAGUUCUGAUAGAGACCCAUGGUCACCAUGAUCACCGCCACUAUCAUUAUUACCAUUACUUCCACCACAUCAUUACCAUUAUGAUCAUCAUCACCACCAUCAUCGCCAUCACUACCAUCAUCACCAUUAUCAUCAUCAUCAGUACCAAACACAGAAUCACCCAGAACAUAGACCUUACCCAUUAUAAAUCAGAACCAGUUGGCGUUCCCUCCAACCUGUACGCCCUGUACCACGCUGCUCUGCAGCUGAAGCAGAGGAACGAGCUCGGGGUCUACCUGAUGAACCUCACCGUGUCGGACCUGCUCUACCAGGCUUCUCUGCCGCUCUGGCUGCAGUACAUAUUUCAGGAUGACGACUGGCGCCACAGAGAGUGGUUGUGUCAGCUGUGUGGUUUCCUGCUCUAUGAAAACAUUUACAUCAGCAUCGGCUUCCUGUGCUGCAUCAGCCUGGACCGCUACCUGGCUGUAGUUCAUCCGCUCAGGUUUACAUCCCUUCGCUCCAUGAAGGCUGCAUGGAUGGUCAGCAUCAUCAUCUGGAUAAAAGAGAUCGCAGUGGGUGUGGUUUUCUUUCACCAUAAGGAGGUGACCAGGGAUCGGAGCAACCGGUCUGUAUGCUUCGAGCAUUACCCAAUGAGAUCCUGGGAACAUCCGGUCAAUUACUACCGCUUCACCAUCGGCUUCCUCCUACCGCUGGCCAUCCUCUCGAUUAGCUACCUGUGCGUCCUUCGCGCUGUGGGUCGGAGCGCCGGAACACAGCCGGACCAGAAGACCAGGAUCAGGCAGUUGGUCAGCAGCACCAUCCUCAUCUUCCUGGUGUGCUUCUCACCAUACCACGUCUUCCUGCUGGUGCGAACGCUCUUUGAGCGCGACUGCAGCUUUAUAACAGGGAUCUUUAACUACUAUCACCUGUCCCUUCUGCUGACCACGCUGAACUGUGUGGCAGACCCGGCCCUCUACUGUUUCGUCAGCGAAGGCGCCCGGCGAGGUCUCUACAGGGUCCUCGUCAGACCUCUGAGCAAGAUCAUCUUCUGCUGCUGUCGCCGAGGCAACGCCAGCCCCAUCAACCCGGCCAGCGACUCCCAUGAGGUGGCAACGGAGGAGAAUAAUGGCAAUCCCGCCGUAACGCUGCUGAACCAUACCUUCAGGCAGAACGCAGACGGAGACGUCAUCCCCCUGAGCGUCAGGAAGGACUCCUGUCCCCAGGGCGAUGAAGGAAGGAGCAGCUGUGUGGUUGGCUUGAAGGAGGACACCACCCAAGGCGCCGCUGAAGGUAUGGGGAGGUAAGGACCAUGGAGGCUGCAGAGGGACAGAAGAGAGACAGCUGGCCCACCUGGUCUCUGAAUCUACCAGAUGUUUACAGCUGGGUGGCGAAGAUGUUCUCCUAUAGCCCCACAGGAAGCCACCACAGAAAGCUGCUCUCCACUUCCUUCCUCUGUCGCUCCACACUGAGGCAAAGCUGCUAGACGGAUCAGAACGGGCCUGGUCCUCAUUUCAUAUCUGCUCUCUGUCACAUCUGUUCAUCAGUGUGGAGGUUCAGCCAUGUGACCAGGUUCUGGUCCUGGAGAUGAUUGGUUCUGGAGCAGAGGGUGAAUCUGGCACCGCUGUUGGAGACCAGAGCCCAGAAGGCUCCUGUGAUGCUCCCGAGCUACUGAUCCAUUUGCUUUUAUCUGAGCUCUGAUUCUUCAAGAUCUUCGGAAGUUCAAUACCACCUGUGAGGCAGUUAGCUGAAGGAGCUAACCAGGCUCUAUAUGGGCCCUCUCUGAGCCCUAACUGGGCUAUAUCUGAGCUCUAACUUUGC